CAGAUUCCUUCAGAAAGCGAAGAACAGCCAUCCAGCAACAAGCUCUCUGUUCAGGGAUUCUUGGUGAGAAAAUCAGCGAAAUAAUUGUCCACAAUGGCCCCCAUUCCACACUCGUACGAUCUGAAGGUUUCCGCGUGUGAUGCAAACCCCUGUGAGCGCGAAGAACCUUCCAAAGGGAGGUGGGACGUGGCCUUGCCCAUCAGUCGAAGGGGGAGCUUCUUCCAAGACUCCUUUUUCUCGGAUGUGCACGACGAGUUCGACGCCACCGUCAGGAGGGUUCUGGGGAGGUGGAGAGACACUGACUUGAGUUUGAGAGAUCACUGGGACGACAGUUGUCGAUACAGCGAUAUUUUGAAACGUUACAGAGAACUUCGAUUUCUCAAUCUGAGGGACGAGGACCAGGCCAUCACCGUCAUGACUGACACAUCAGGUCAUAAGAUUGUGGUGGACGUGCACGACUUCCUGGAUGGAGAAGUGAAGGUGAAAGUGGUGGGCGAGAAGGAGGUGGUGGUGGAAGGACGUGUGGAGAGGAGAGAAGGAGGAGGCUCAUCUGUGUCCUCACACUCCUUCAGACGCCGCUUUUCCUUGCCUCAUCUUACCGAUAUGUUAGCCAUCACGUCUGUCAUGUCUUCAGAUGGCAUCCUUACUAUAACUGCUCCGAAAAUGGAGGAACAGUCUCACCAAAGGACAACUAUCAUUCCUAUUAAGCUCGAACAAGUUCAGAACUCGGACCUUUCCAGAACUACAGAUAUGAAUGAAACCAGUUCCGUUGAAAAUACAUGCGAAGAAUCCAACUGCUCACCAAAACUUAUCUGUGAUACAAUAAAGAAGAAGGAAAGUAUAAACAUUCCAAGUCAUGCCAAAGAAAUACCCACAGUCAACAGUCUUCAGCCACGGUCAGUGGAAAUUCAAAUUUCAAGGAACAGCAUUAAUGACGAUGUUUGUGACGCUGGGAGGCAAGAAGAUACUGUUAAAACGAUUGAAAGGACACAAUCUGAUAUCACAGAUGAAUCAAGCCUCGUCUGUAAGGUAGACUCGACAGGACUUGAAAGGUCUCGUCAGGGAUUCCGGGAUGAACUCCUACCAAUCACUCGAAGAGGAAGCUUCUUCCACGACUCAUUCUUCUCCGACAUGCACCAAAAGUUUGACGCCGCCAUAAAGAAGGUCUUGAACAGGUGGAGCACCAAUGACCUCCAGUGGACAGACACUUGGGACGACGUGGGUCUUCGCUACAAAGAUAUCCUGGAGCGAUACAGAGAGCUUCGAUCCCGUCACCUGGAAGAAAAGCUUGCCGUCACCGUCACAUCAGACAAAACAGGUCACAAGAUCGUAAUGGAUGUGCAUGAGUUUACGGACGGAAAGGUGAAGGUGAGAGUGGUCGGCGAGAGAGAGCUGGUGGUGGAAGGAAGCACAGAGGAGGAAGAAGGAAACUCAUCCAUUUCCUCACACUCAUUCAGACGCCGUUUCUCCCUGCCUCGCCAAACUGACAUGGCAGCCAUCACUUCUGUCAUGUCUUCCGAUGGCAUACUAACAAUCACUGCACCCAAAGUGAACGGUAAAUUGGAAUGUCUGGAAGAAUCCAAAGAAAUAUCUGGAAAUAGAAGACUCAGCAAGGAAGAUGAAUCACGCGAUGCCAAAAGGCUUCUGUGUAUCAAGUCUGAAAAUUCUUUUCCUCUGACCAAAAUGGGGCUCUUUUUCCACGACUCCUUCUUCAAGGACUCUACGGAAGACUUUAGGAAAGCUGUUAGGGAAAUCCUGAGAAGAUGGGGAGAAGCGUCCCCAGAUGUCGACGAACUGACCCGCUACAGACUCCUUCGAUCCCGAGAUUCGCGAGAAGAGACUCAGGCCAUCACGUCUUUGGAGGAUGACCGUCAUCAUAAGUUUGUUAUUGACGUUCAUGAUUUUCUGGACGGCGGAGAGGUCAGCGCGAAGGCUGUGAACGAGCGAGAGUUGGUGGUUGAGGGUCACUUGGAGAAGAAGGGAGACGGUUCCAAGUCCAGCAAGCGGUUCCUUCGACGCUUCGUUGUUCCUGGAGACAUUCAGAUGGAAGCUGUCACUUCAGUCGUGUCUUCUGAUGGUGUGCUGACAAUUUCGGCUCCGAAGAAGAAGCCCCUUUUGAAGCUCACCAACGAAGCGCAGAAAAGAGACACAAAGGAAACAAAAAGCACAGAUCAAAAGGCAAAUGAGUUUUCGUCCAAUGAAACUUCUCUCUGUUCAUCAGAGAAGUGCCAGAGAAAAGAAGCCAUUGUUCCAAUCCAAUUGGAAAAUAAGAGGGAAGUUUUUCACGAAGGUAAUACAGCAGAUACACUCGUGUCUCCUGACAAAGUUGAACAGAAACACUCAUCUGCAGACCUAAUGAGCCCAACUUCAGACGAUGACGACGAUGAAGGAUACACAUUCAUCGUGAGACAUCCUGCAAAUUCCUAUCGAGUUACCUUUGGUGAUGAUGAAGAAUCCCGUGCGGGGAAGAGGGAUUCCUCGGUGUGUGAUCCCAGGAGCAACUAUGCUUUUAACAGUUCAGGAUUUGAUUGCGUUAACAGGAACUUGCCCAUUGUCAGGAAGGGUCUGUUUGCUGACGAUUGCUGCUUCGAGAAUGUUCGUCAUAACUACAGUCAGGCUGUGAGAGAAGUUUUGGAAAAGGCUAAUGAAUGGUCUUGUCGAAGUGACGCCAUGAACAAUUACAGGAAACUUCGUCAGAAGAAAGUCAAUUUAGAAAAUCAAGCAGUUGGUGUCUCAGAGGAUGCAGAAUCGCAUAAGAUUGUGAUGGACGUGUUUGACUUCAUUAGCGGCGACGUGACAGUGCGGUUGGUGGAAGGAAAGGAACUGCUGGUCGAGGGUCAAGCAGAGAAGCAGGACGGAAGCAGAGUGUCCCGAGUGAGCUUCGUGCGUCGCUUUGCGUUGCCUGACCUCGUCGAGCGAGACGCCAUCAGCUGCGUGUUGUCCUCCGACGGAAUCCUGACAAUCGUCUCCAGGAAAAGGGGAAACUUGCAUGGGAGAGAUAUUUUUUAAGCCGAAAUAAUUUCCUGACGAAGAUGAACUAAAAGGCUCAGUAAAUGCGUUGAAGGUUCCAUGAAGCUGUACGUUCCAAAAAAAAUUAAUAUGAUUACAAUAAAUGAAAUAUUUUUU